UCCAACUCUUUACCAGUGUAAAAAACUCAGUAUGGAUGAAAUUGCAUUUCACCCCCCCUUUAACAUUAGUGUUGACGAUUAAUGUUCAUAAUAAAAGUAAUAUACAGCAAAAUAAUAAUCCUCCUAUUAAUAUGGCAAUUCUUUAAACAUUCCCAGGUUAGCAAACCACGCUCCCCAUGCUCCAAAUUUCAAAUCAAUCUAAUCCCAAAUACAUUGGUCUCUUCAGGUAUUUGCUGUAACUUCAACUCUUAAUUUUUUAAAUUUUAGUCAUAACUUCACUGAAAGCUCCAAGGUUAACGCAUCAUCAGUAUAAUUAAUAAAUAUUUGCUGAUUAUUAUAAAAUGUAAUUUAUCCACUCUGUAUUUUUGUUUGGUGUGAUAUAACAAUAUUUGGCAUGAUAUAACAAUCUAAAUAUUGACUCGAACCCUACUUUUAAUUCAUCUCUUGCCUUGAAUUCAUUAGGAAUUCCUCUUGUCCAAUUGAGUCUAAAUAUACAUAUAAAUAUAACCUCUUUUAAUUUUAUUGUCUUCCUUGUUUGUGCUUUGUUCUGUUCUCCAUCACUUCGCUCUCGGCCCUGACAGCCGUGAUGAACCAGUAUUGCAGAAAAGCAAACCCAGACGUGAGACUUAUUGUUUCAAAUGUUCUGCGCCUGGUUUUACCUCGAGAAACUGUCCAAACUGUAACUUUCCCCAACAGACUGUGCUUUUUCCAGCCUGUUUGAUGGACACCUGGGGCACACUUCAUUGGGGGAGCACGUAAUCAACACUGGUGAAGCAAAACCAGUUCACCUUCCGCCAUACCGGAGCUCACCGGCCAAGAAAAAAAUAAUUGAAGAUCAGAUUCAGAUGAUGCUGGAAGAAAAGACAUCAUCGAACCAUCUUCCAGUCCAUGGGCUGCACCCGUGGUAAUUGUCAAGAAGCCAUGUGGAGACCACAGGUUUUUUGUUGACUACAGAGGCCUUAAUCACCUGACACUUAAUGAUUCGUACCCACUUCCCAGAGUCAACGAAUCAUUGGAUUUCCUGGCUUGUGGAAAUUUCUUACUACUUUGGAUUUGGCUCGGGGGUACUGGCAGGUGGCUGUAGAGGAAAAGUCAAGGCCAAAGACAGCACUCGCAUCACACUGUGGCCUUUUCCAAUUUAAAGUCCUUCCUUUUGGGCUCAGUAAUGCCCCGGCCACGUUUCAGAGAGUAAUGAACAAUGUCCUUGCUGGAUUAGUUUACAAGUGCUGUUCAGUGUACUUGGAUGAUAUUGUUGUUGUAUCCCCAACCUUUGAACAACACUUGAAAGACCUCCGGGAAGUCCUUUCUAGGCUUGAGUCAGCUGGUUUUACUCUCAAGCUAGAUAAGUGUCAGUUCUGCUUGAGUGAACUCAUCUUCCUAGGAUACAGGGUCACGCCGGAUGGUAUUUCUCCUGAUCCAAGAAAGGUGGAAGCGGUCAAAGAGUUCAGGACACCGAUGGAUGUGAAACAAGUGAGAGGAUUUCUCUGCCUCACAAGCUACUACAGGCAAUUCAUUCCGAGUUAUGCACAAAAAGCUGAGUUGCUUUUUAAACUCACCAGAAAGGAAACUCCGUUCAACUGGGACGAUGGUUGUCAGGCUUCGACGGACUACUUGAAAAACUGCCUUACGUCUGAACCCAUUCUGUGCCUCCAGGAUUUUUCACGUUCAUUCUUCAUACACACUGGCGCUUGUGACUUGGGCCUUGGUGCAGCCUUGAUGCAGAAGGAUGACAUGGGGCGAGAUGUGGUGGUAGCUUUCGCGAGCAGGACGUUGCACAAAGCGGAAAGACUGUACUCUACACCUGAGAAAGAGUGCUUGGGAGUUAUUUGGGCUCUGGAACAUUUCAGACCUUACAUCGAGGGCCUUCAUGUAACCAUUUAUACUGAUCACAACAGCCUGAGGUGGCUGAUGAACCGAGCCAACCCUCUCUGGACGACUGGCGAGAUGGUCCUUGCGCCUACAGGAUUUUGAUUUUAAUAUCGUCCACAGGCCGGGGUUCAGAAUAUAGUUCCAGAUGCUCUAUCACGCAAUCCACUACCUCAUUGUGAGGGCCCUAUUGACAUUCUUCCUUCCUCAUAGCUGGGAUGGAUCUGCGCAGUCUCUCCUCAGUCCUUAUAAUUGACAGAGCGCAGUUGACACAGUUACAAAGGGGUGACCUAGUGGUUGGCGGUCUUCUUCGCAACCUUGAAGAGGGUGGUACAGAUGAAGAACAUGUCAUUCAUGAUGGUCUGCUUUAUUUCAAGGACCCUAAGAUAACCUGCAGUCUCCAUCCAAUGAAACAGCUUAAGUUAUAUGUCCCAACAGUAAUUCGACCAACUGUACUCCGAUAUUAUCACGACCAUCCUACAGCUGGCCACUUGGGUGUGACACAAACGUUGGCCAGGCUGAAACAGAGGUUCUUUUGGCCCAAGAUGGUGACAGAUGUGAAAAUAUACGUUAUAUCGUGUCCUGUGUGCCAGUUGACGAAGCCGAGCCAAAGAAAACCAGCAGGGCUGAUGGUUCCGAUUAAACCUAUGAGACCCUGGGAAUACACAGGAGUGGAUUUUGUGGGUCCGCUUCCUCGUACUCAGAGUGGAAAUGAACAUCUAAUCGUCUUCAUUGACUACUUUUCAAAAUGGGUGGAAGUGAGUGCAGUCCGGUCAGCGUCAGCUCAGGUGGCAGCGAGUAAGUUUCUGAGAUAUUUGCUCGGCAUGGUGCACCAACCUACCUCAUAUCAGAUCAUGGGACCCCGUUUGUGAGCAAUCUUUUUGAGCAUGUGGUCGCUGCCCUUGGCACUGAACACCGGCUGACAACGGCAUACCCACCCGCAAAAAAACGCCACUGAGAGGGUAAACCGCACACUUAAAACUGCCAUACGUGCAUACGUGGAGGACAAGCACACUUCGGGGGAUAAAUAUCUUCCACAAAUCUGUUUUGCUCUUCGAACUGCUUGCCAUGAGAGCACAGGUCAAUCCCCAGCAAUGUUGUUAUAUUGCCGUGAGUUGGACACACCACUUGAUUUGAUAACACAAACCAAAUUCUGCGGGAGUAGAUGAGCCUGAGGUACCCUAUCAUGAGAAUUUGAGAGCUUCCCUGAAGGAUGCUCACAAUCAUGCCAGAGUUGCUCUAAGUGCAAGCCAUACAAAAAACAAGCGUUACUAUGACAAGAAGCGACAUACAAUUUCCUAUGCUGUGGAUGACUUGGUCAGAGUUAAGAUACACCCCAAAUCUGAUGCUGGUGCAAACUUUACAGCUAAGUUGGCCCCAGUUUAUGACGGACCAUUUCGUGUCUCUAAGAAACUGUCAAGUGUCAAUUACAGACUUUCAAACGUGGACACUGGGGAAGAUGCAGGAGUGUUUCAUGUAGUGAAUCUACUGCCUUUUCAUUCAAGGGAAACGGCCAUGCCCAAAAUCAGUUCCUAUGGUGAUGUUGAGAUGUCACUACCUUUGGAUGAGGACUUUGAUUCUCAAUCAAACAGAGAAUAAUCUGUUAAUAUUAACCAGGAGGUUGAUACUGUCUACUUAAACAAACCUUUGGAUCGACACUCAGACAAAGUUAGCUGGAACAUUGUGCUGGACACUCACUUGACUUUGCUCCUGACAGUGUUGACGGAGGUACUGUUUCUGACUCUCAUGACUUGACAUCUGACGCAGGUACCAUCGAAUCGGCAUAUCAGGGUCUGAGUCGUUAUGGACUGAGACAGAGAAGAGUCCCGAGAAUUACUUCUGACAGGUCUGUGAAUAAGUGGACUAACCCCUACCAUACUCAAAGAUUUGACUUGUAUUAAGGACGACAGACUAAAUUUCCAUAUGAAUGCUGGGAGGAACACGCCAUCAUGCAGAUUCUGGCUAUGAUAAUGAUGAUGAUUUUGAUGAUAUCAUCACAUUCAGCUCUUGCAACUCAAAGUUUAACAUGUCAUAAUGAUUACCACAACACCUUCAGUUGUGUUUGGAACACCUCAAAACUGGAUGUGAUCCCUCCAGUCCAGCCAGAGACCAUCUGUUGGAUUCAUGUAAUGGCUAAGAAGAUGCGUCAGACUAAAGAGAUGGUGCAGAUGUUUGCAGACCCGGCACAGCCUCAUAUACGCUCUGCCACAGUGGGUUUUAAAGGACAGAGUUUCCCUACAAUAUCAUUGGGGACCACAUUACAUGAAGAAGUCCAUUGUGACAACUACACAAAUCCCAUGGCUGAAAUAGCACUACAUAAUUCAAAAAACAGUGCAGUGAAAGCAGCUCCUCCUGAGGGAGUGGAAGUUCAUGGGAUCAAUGCUUCAUGGAGUUUUGUUCCUCCAAGAGGUCCUUUACAGAAAUAUAAAGAGUUUGAAGUCCAGUACAGAUCUGUUGCUCAGAGCUGGAAGGAUGUGGCAAACGAUACCAUUAACACUAAUGAAACUCAAAUCAAGCUGCCAGAGGACCGUUUGCCCUCAAAUCAGCAGUACGUGAUCAGGGUGAGAGUCAGGUAUCAAAAGAAACUCCUGCCCAAUGCCGUGUGGAGCGACUGGAGUGAAGAGUACAACUGGACGUCUACUGUGGGUCAGAGACACCACACACAAGGCAACACACACCUGUCUGACACAGACACACACACACUCACUCACUCACUCAAUCACACAUUCAUGUACUGCUAUACUCUAACGCUCUCAUCAGCCUCUACAGAGAUCUUCCAGCUGGAAUCAUCUGUAGCCGGGAUCACGCUCACAGUAAUCACUCUGGCCAUCAUAUUAACCCUCUGAGGUCUAUGGGGUUUUCGAGCCUGGAGAAGUUUUGACAUGCCAUGACUUUUGUGCAUUUUUCAGUUGCUUCUAAACAUAUACAUUGCUAAAUUCUGAUAAUACUGUAUUCAGUACAAACUGAGCUACAAUAAUAUGUAAAUAGCAUGUAUGUACAUGAUUUUGUUUUUGAGAAAACAAUGUUUAUGUGUGGUUAGUGAAAAACUAUCAUUUUGAAGUCACUG